UUACUCGCACUAAGAUGAUAUUUCCCAUAGUAAUGAAGCUCAUUCUGCGUUAUAACUUCAGACAAUGUAGUUACUUAUGUGAUAAGUGUUUUUUUUUCACUACAAGAUUCAAAUCAGUAUAACUGCUAUCUAUGCGUACGUAAAGAUUCCCUUAAAACUCAUUUUGCUGGGCAGACCAGCAUUAGAAAACCCCUUGGCCUUACGUUCACGAAUAGGAGUCUCUGAUGAAGUUACCCAGUCACGUGUCUCACUGUUCCAUCCUUAUUCCCAGGUAUCACUGAAGGAUCUUCUAGGAUGUGCAACCCAUGUCACAUAUUGUUGCUCUUUCAACACUCAUCUUGACCCCGGUGGCUCUGUUGGGGUCAAAUUAGCGUAUUUGUCUGAAGUGGACAUUAGCCUUUAUAAUUCUUUGUAUUCAUAAUCUGUGUAAUCCAACUCUACCCACAUUCUGUUUAAAUGGAUUGACAGGCAUCAAUACGCUGGAAAUCUCACAGAGACCUAGUGUCGAUUGAUUGAAUUUUAUUCAAAGUAGGAGAUGGUUUCGCUGGUAUCCGUAGCUUCUUGGUAAAUAUCGUUGCUGUCCAUUUAUUUUAUCCGGAGGUUCAGUAGUCUGUUUUACUUCCAAUUUUAGUGGACGUCAGUUUAAGUACGUCAACUGACGUAGGAGAACGUUUUUUGAUUUGGUUUCACUUCACACUUAAGUAUAGUCAAAUUUUAAAAAAGUAAUCCAGGAAGUCACGUAUGCACCAACUCAGUUAGUAGUUGAAUGCGGUUAUAUAUUAUAGGGCAGUGAUGAUUCGAGAUGUUCAUGAAGCCGGCUCAUCCUCCCGUGGGAGAUAGCCGAAGUAAAGUAAAAGUAAGUAAGUUAUAUAUUUGAUCCGUGGGUUUGAACAGUCCCAGACAAGAUGACUACGGUAUCUUUGAUAGAAGUUGUCGUUGAAUAGAAAUUACUUCUGGUGCUUUUAGCUGUUGAAAGUGGUCAUUACUGCCUAAUCUGUGACCGACUGGUUCCCACUUACCACCUAAAGACUAUCGUUUGAGGCCAGAUGUCUGCCCUAUGGCCUUAAAGCUAAUUAUCUCUACGAUAUCUGCCGAGCACAUUCGGUUAAAAAAUUAUCUUUAGUUUGAUUCGGACUGCAGUCUGCAAAGAAAAUACAAAUUUUCCUUAUCCACUUGGUUGUUUCUUACUCUAACUAAAGCUUAAGGACUAACGGAAAACAGAUUUAUAUUAGUUGGAGGUAUCAUCAGAUGUUUCUGCUUCGACUCUUCUACUUAGUCACACCAGAUAUAGAUUCUGGAGUCUGUUAUUGGAAACAAUUCACUAGCAUCUUGUAAUCUCCUUCCUAAGAUACGAAGCACACCAAUAGCUAGACCUUUGGACAUAUUUCAUGUUUCACAUUAAGGUGUGAAUGCUGCAGAUGUAUGGGAAUGGUUGCAUCAGUGAAUAUUGUGAAACUUUAGCAAACCGGGGCUUCGAGCAGUGACCUGCAGGUGGAACAAACAAAGACAAAAGAAGAAGCUAUGAGGAAAAAUUUGAUAUGAGCAGAUGCACAUGCAAAUAGUCUUGUUUGCACUAAUUGACAGAUAGUAUAUAAUAUAAAAAAACUUGUGACUUUGCAAAGUGAUACCAUAAUUUGAAGAUAUUUACUUCCAUAUUAGAUGAAUUAUGCGCCUUCUAAGGUUGGAUACAGUUUCAAUAAAGCAGAUUUGGUCAGCAGCCUAGUUCACUACCGGACUUCGAAGUCUGUUGGCGUAAUUCUUCAGUGUAUUGAUAAUUACAAUAUUUCAUUUAUCACAGACUUGUCACAUGCGGUAACGUUUUUUAGUCUUUAACACUUGGUUGCUUUGAUGUUUGCGAGUUUUCUCCUAAUUUCACCCUACGGUUUGCGGCUUCAUUCCUCGCAUCGCAAAAAAUAUAUUCAGAUGUUACAAUACACUGACUGGACACACUAAGGAUGUUUCAUGUAACGGAAGUAUUAAAGAAGGUUUUGAAAACGAACCUAUUUGGUGUAAACUCUUGGGUUUUAUACGAGCAUUCAACUAUUAAUAUCUGUUCUCUGUGUGAAUUGCCAUAUCCGCAUAAGCAAAUAUGUGAUCUUUUCCCUUAUUGUAGUUGUAAACGCUGUUUGAAAUGUUGGAUGAUUCAGAAACUUACAAAUUGUGGCGUAUCCGUAAAACCAUUCUUAAGAUGUGCAAAGACAGGGGUUACCUUGUGAUGCCGAAAGAAUUAGAGCAAACACUUGAAGACUUUAAGGCAACGGUUGGUGAUCCUCCAACUAGAAAAGAUCUCCUCAUGGUUGUUAAUCAUGAAGAAGAUCCUGCUGAUAUGCUGUAUGUAUUCUUUCCCGAAGAAGAAAAGGUUAAUAUGAAGACUGUUCGAGCGUAUUUAAAUCAAAUGCAACAAGACAGUACUUACCGAGCUAUUUUAGUCCUUCAGGAGAGAGGCCUCACGCCUUCCGCAAAAACAGCUAUUGCUGAACUUUCUUGCAAGUACACUUUAGAGUGUUUUUUUGAAAACGAACUCAUGGUUAAUAUAACGGAGCACCAGCUGGUUCCUCAACACAAUGUCCUUACUCAAGAAGAGAAAAAGGAACUGCUUGAAAGAUAUCGGUUAAAAGAAAGUCAGCUCCCAAAAAUGCAGGCAAGCGAUCCUGUUGCCCGAUAUUAUGGUCUGAGAAGAGGUCAAGUUGUACGCAUCACGCGACCAUCAGAAACAGCUGGACGAUAUAUCACUUAUAGAAUAGUUUUAUGAAUAUUUUGUGCAAAUUGUAACUUUAUUAUCAAGAAUGUCAUUCCGCUGUAUCAUAACACAUAAUUUGAUUUGUAAAUUUUCUUGAGUCAAAUCGAUUCAGGAUGGUCAAUAAAUCGUUAAUAAUACAUUUUGUCACAUUAAUUAUUAUCGUGG